AUGGAGCCUCGUGGUGAUGGCAAGGAGGAGACCUCUCUGCCUCUGGAGCUAAGCAGGUUCCAGCUCUCCGAGGAGUUCGGCUUCCUUCUUCCCCACCCUCUGACAGAGCUGCCAGCAGCCUAUGCUCCCUGGAUGGAGGUUGCCCAGGCCCUGCCCCAGCUGAUCGCCAGCCGCCAGCUCCGCUCCCGAGUUCUCCAGAUGCCGCAGCUGAGCACCCAGCAGCUUGGAGCGCAUGAGGAGCUGCACUUGGCACACCUGGUGCUGAGCUUCAUCACCAUGGGCUACCUCUGGCAGGAGGGUGAGGAGGGCACCACGAAGGUCCUGCCCCGAAAUCUUGCUGUGCCCUUCUGGGAGGUCUCCCAGGCCCUGGGCCUCCCUCCCAUCCUCAGCCAUGCUGACUUCGUGCUGGCCAACUGGAGGAGGAGGAACCCCAACGGGCCUCUGGAAAUGGAGAAUCUGGACACCAUCAUCUCACUCCCUGGGGGAGAGAGCCUGCGAGGCUUCAUCCUGGUCACCUUCCUAGUGGAGAAGGCAGCUGUGCCUGGCAUUAAGGCCAUCGUCCAGGCCAUCCAUGCCAUCCUGCAGCUGGAUGAGGAGAGCCUGCACAAAGCCCUGCAGCAGCUGGCAGAGGCCAUUGGGGACAUGAGCCAGGCCUUGAGGCAGAUGCAUGACCACGUGGAUCCAGCGGUGUUCUACGCCGUGAUCCGGAUCUUCCUCUCCGGCUGGAAGGACAACCCUGCCAUGCCGGAUGGGCUGAUUUAUGAGGGGGUAGCCGAGGACCCCAUGCGGUACUCGGGAGGCAGCGCGGCACAGAGCAGCGUCCUGCACGCCUUCGAUGAGCUGCUGGGGAUCCGCCACAGCCAGCAGAGCUCUGCCUUCCUGCUCAGGAUGAGGGACUACAUGCCCCCAGCCCACAGAGCCUUCCUGGAAGAGAUCCACCGUGCCCCCUCCCUCAGGCAGCUGCUGCUCCACUCGGGCUCCCCGCGGCUCCGCGCAGCCUUCAACCGCUGCGUCUCGGCCCUGGUGGACUUCAGGUCCUACCACAUCACCAUUGUCACCAAGUACAUCACCCUGGCAGCAGCCAAGGCCAGGCAGGCAGAGCUGGGGGCCAGGGAUGGCCCCUCCCUGGGGAAGCCUCCAUCUGCGCUGGAGGCCAAAGGCACCGGCGGCUCCCAUAUCUUCGUCUUCCUGAAGAGCAUCAGGGACAGCACCAGGGAAGGGAUGAUCCCUGCCUGA